GACAGAGAAAAAAGGAUUUCUGGUUGAUUUUCUUAUCAACUCUUAUUCGCGAACAUUAUUUAAAAAGAAAUCCUGAAAGGAAUAUGAACGAAUUGAAAGAAAAUCCGAUAGGAAUAUUUGAAGCAAGUUAAAGUUUUCUUACCAGAAAAUUACGGUGAAAUUUUGUUUUUUUUUUGUCAAAUAUAUACAUAAAAUAACAGUUUCCUUUUAAGUGAUUUAAAAACGAAUAGGAAAAGGUUAAAGUCUCCACAAAAAGUACUUCGUGGUGUAUAAUAUAUUGCUACGAAAGUUUCGAAAUGAAUAACUUGGAUCACGUUAAAAACUUUUAUCCAGAAAAUUAUAAGCUAGACUUAUCGGAAACAAUGAAAGCAGCGCUUUCAAAAGGUCCAGGCGGUGUCGGAGUAGGAGGUCUGGGCGGUGGUGGUGGUGGCUCCGGCGGUGCUGUUGGUAGCAGCGGUACUCACGGAAUGGGCGCGGCCGUUUCGCAUAGUGAUCUACAAGGCGGUGGCGCUGGUAUUCCUGGUGUUGGAUAUGUAACAGAGAAACUUUAUAUGCUGCUUCAGUUGUACUUGCAAAACAAAGGAUGGAAUCCAAGUGCAGAAUUGUUGCAGUGUUUUACUGAUCUAAAAGACAAUGCAAUGUUACCUAGUGCGGCUUAUUUACAAGUUCUUGCCAACCGUCUGACUCUGGAUACACAAGGCCGUUUAAUAUUGCGUGAAAAUGGUAAAAUAGUUCUUCCCUUUGAACAUUUUGCUAAUGCUGUAAUGCUAAAGCACAUGUCUGGUCCACAUGGACUACACUUGAGUGUGGAAGCUACGGUACGUGCAGUGAUUGAAUCUUACACAAUUGGUCGUGAAAAUUUCGGAAUGGAGAAAGAGUUCAUUAUUGAGGUAGUGCAGUCCUGUCCCAGCCCUGCAUGCCGUUAUUAUAAGAAUCAUAUGGGCUUGUCGCCAAUGCCAUUCAUGGAACAGCAAUAUCCAGGAGUAAAUCAUGCAGAUUUCCUCCAGCAUAUGCCACAUUUACCUCCGCCACCCCCACAUCCAUUGGUUACAGGAUCAUCGAGUAGUGGCGUUUCAUCAGUUGGUUCUGCAUCCUCUGGCGGAGGUAGUGGUAAUAUUGUUAAUUCCGCUGGAAGUUCAGCUGGUGCUGGCGGGGAAGUCGACUUAACAAAGAAUUCAACAUCUUCGCAUACGCCAACAGGCAAAGUGUCGGUGGUGCCAUCCCAGUUGCAAAUGCUUACAAAGCAGCAACAAAACAGUAUUCAAUCACAAUUAUCCCAACUCAGUGCUGCUGCAGCGGCUGCAGCUCACCAUCAGCAGCAGCAACAACAAGCAGCCGCAGCCGCCGCUGCUGCAGCAGCUGCCGCUAAACAACAGCAGCAACAACAACAGGCACAAGCUCAGGCACAGGCCCAAGCAGCAGCGGUAGCACAGCAACAACAGCAACAGCAAUUAACAGCAGCAUUACUGCAGCAGCAACAAAGUCGAGCUUUAGCACAGCAAAGCUUGGAGAAAUUCAAUAAUUUGAGUGCAUUGGAGAAACAACGUGUACUCCAGCAAUUAGAUCCCAAACAUUUCGAUCCAAUGGCCGUGGCUGCAGCAGCUGCUAAUCUUCAAAUGCAAGGCAUAAACGAUUUCAGAGUGGCCGCUAUUGCUGCAGCAGCUGCACAAGCAGCUGGUAACUCAGCUAUGGUGCCACCAGCAUCCACUGGACCAUGUGGUCCUCCAAUUACCGGAAGCAGUGGGAACAGUAACAUGACUGGGAGCGGAAGUAGUGGCAAUGUCUCAAGCAGUCUUGGUGGAAAUUUAAGUGGUGCAUCUGUUUUGCCGUCGACAGCUAGUAACCUCAGCAGUGGUAGCGGUAACAAUAGCAACAAUAACAGCGUAAACCAUAAUAUUAUAAGUAACUCUAACAACAAUAAUAUGAUGAUUGGCGUAAGCGGAAGUGGCAGCACCAGUAACAACAAUGCUCAUCAUAAUCAUCAAUUGCCACCACCUUCACAAUCGCCAAGUGCUCACUCAAGUCAUUCUUCAUCAUCAUCUUCAUCGCACUCAACUGAACAAAUGGUGCAGAAAAAUGUAGAAUUAUUGCGCUCUAAUUUGGACUCGAUCGAAUCAAAUAAAGAUUUGUUGGCAUUGCACAAUGGCGCCUGGACAGUGCCAGAGAAUACUCGUGAUCCCCUACCGGUUGGCCAAGAUAAAAUCGUACGAAUUUUCGCCGAACUUAUGCGCAACAUGGCACGCAUGAAGACCUAUAUACGCCCAUCCAUGUGUAAACCGUAUGGUAAGCAGAGUGAAAGCUUACAAAAAACACUUUUGGAUACCAUUCAGAUUGUCCAAACCUUACGCAACUGCUUGCCGGCACCACAUAUUCCGGUAUCAUCGUGGAAAAGCGAAAGUGAAGGUAACCCUGGUUUAAUAAACAAUAAUGGUGGCUCGGUAAAUAAUGCCGGCAAUAAUAUAAUGAGUGCAGUUGGUGGUGGUCUAAUGGUUAGUAAUAGGGUAGAGAACUUGACCAACUGAAUGUAAAUGAUAGGCUUCCUCUAAUUAUAUCUAUCACUCGCAGAAAUAUGCAUUUAAGUUACUUUUAUUCUAUGCGGCGACGAAUAGCUCCGAUUAGAACUAUUUCUUUUUAGGGAGAGUUAAAGCAAAAAAAGCUAAAUACCACUCAACUUCAAUGUAAAAGUAAAGUAAAAAAAAUGUUAAACUA